AUGGCCAAGUCCAGCGUCUCAAGAAGGUGUGCAACAAAUGGCAGCCGGGAUGCUCCUCUGGGCUGCAGUGGUGCUGGCGGCAGUGGCAGCAACUCCCAGGUGAGAUGUCAAGGCGAGGUGCAGCUGGCCCUCCAUUCCUCGCCCCCUCCUCCUGAGUCACCCCCCACUGCACCCAGAGAUAAGAGACUGGAAACGGAGAAUGACGGAACAAAACCAGAAAUGAAACAGAAGCGAGGGAGGAAACUCGAAGGAAAGGAAAGCGCUCUCUGCCUACUCUGUGGGAAGAACUUCCGCUGGAAAUCCAGCCUCAUUCUUCACAAGCGAACUCACACGGGCGAAAAGCCGCAAGAGUGCCUUGAGUGUGGAAGGAGCUUCGGCCUUGCCAAAAGCCUGGCUUCCCAUCAGAGGAUCCACUCCGGGGAGAAGCCGUUUCAGUGUCCGGACUGCGGCAAGGAUUUCCGUUGGGCCGACUCUCUGGCGCUACACCAGAAAACUCACACAGGAGAGAAACCAUUCACAUGUAAGGAGUGUGGGAAGAACUUUAUGACAAGCAAGUAUCUCACGUCUCAUCAGAUCAUCCACAUGGGCGAGAAACUGUUCAAAUGUGCCGAGUGCGGAAAGACUUUCAACAGGAAAGAGCUCCUGAUUUCGCAUCAGAUCAUCCACACGGAGGAAAAACCGUUUGAAUGCUCCGAGUGCGGGAAGCGGUUUCGUCGGAGGGACGGCAGAAGUCCAGCCUCAGUUCACAUCAAAGGACCCACGGAGAAGAAAAACCUUUCAAAUGCCUGCAGUGCAACAAGUCCUUCAGGUGGAGGACAAACCUCAGUGCGCAUCUAAGCAUUCACACAGGAGAAAAACCCUUCCGGUGUCUAGAAUGCGGGAAAAGCUUCAGUGGAAGCACCUGCCUUAUUUCACAUCAGAGAACCCACACAGGUUAAAAGCAAGAACGAUUCUUGGACGAUAGUAAUAAUUUGGGCACCAAAAAAUUCUUUGAUACAGGGCAAAACAUCAAUCUAUAUCUUCUAUAUAUAUAAAAAUUAAUGUAUGUUUGUAGGACUGAGUAAACAACAAAACCACUGAACCAAAUCACACCAGAUUUGGCCACAAAAAACAUAGUCAUCCAAUCUAUGUCUUUCAAACAAAAAAACCUAGAAAAAUAAAGCCCAGAUUAGAGGACGAGGAAGAGCUGUUUUCAACCCUGGCUGCCGGUCAGAAGGAUAGACCCCGCCCCCUUUAGGCCCUUCACACUUAGUCUCCUAGCAACCCCCUCGGCCACAAUGGCGCCAAGGGACAGCCAGGGUUCAGUUGGGCCUCUUCCACACUGCCUAUAAAAUAUAGAUUAUCUGAUUUGAACUGGAUUAUAUGGCAGCGUAGACUCAAGGCCUUUCCAUACAGCUAUAUAACCCAGGAUGCCAAGGCAGAAAAUCCACAGUAUCUGCUUUGGACUGGAUUAUCUAAGAGUCCACACUGACAUAUAAUACAGUUCAGUGGGGAUUUUAUACAGCUGUGUAGAAGGGGCCUAAGU